UGUAAACAUGGUAAUUGCAAAUAAUGUAAUCCGCCUGCAAGAGAUUCAAAGGAGAGUGAUUGAGGAUGAUCAUCUUUUUCGAGGCAUAAAUGCCAUCAGCCUCUCCACAAUUGACCGCAUCCUCCGAAAGAAUCAAUUCCGGAUGAAACAGGCAUACCGAGUCCCUUUCGAACGAAACUCUGACAGAGUGAAAAACCAACGUGUGGAAUAUGUUCAGAGAAUCUUUGAGAUUGAAGGACGGCCUGUUCCCCAUGAAAUGAUCUUUGUGGAUGAGGCAGGUUUUAACCUGACCAAAAGAAGGAAAAGGGGGAGGAACAUAAUUGGCCAUCGGGCUAUUGUAAAUGUCCCUGGUCAGCGUGGGGGGAAUGUCACUAUGUGCGCAGCCAUCAGCCAACGAGGGGUACUCCACCGCCAUGCCGUACUAGGACCCUAUAACACUAUGCUUCUCCUUGCUUUUCUUGAUGGUUUAAGACAACAUAUGUUCCAGCUGGACUACAGGGAACCAGCACAGCCAGAGCAGCCUCACUACGUUGUUGUGUGGGAUAACGUCAGCUUCCAUCGCGCUGCUCUGGUUCGUGACUGGUUUACCAAUAACCCAAGGUUUUCUAAUAUCUUUCUGCCUGCAUACUCCCCUUUCUAAACCCGAUAGAGGAGUUAUUUUCGGCAUGGCGGUGGAAAGUGUAUGACCGAGAACCUUAUGUCCGUGUUCACCUCCUUCAGGCCAUGGAAGAGGCCUGCCUAGACAUAUCAGUAGAUGCAUGCCAGGGGUGGAUCAGGCAUGCAAGAGGAUUU